AUGUCGGGUCUCAACUGCACAGAGCUGACUGAUGUAUGCACCUUCGAAGAAUCAGUUUACGGCUACAAGCCCAGCCUGGGCGCAAACGCUUUCUUUUGUGCAUCGUUCGGCCUUUUAUGCAUUGCUAAUAUUGGCCUUGGUAUUCGAUACAAGACCUGGAGCUGGAUGAUCGCAGUGUCGUUUGGAUGUCUUGCGGAAACCAUCGGAUAUGUUGGCCGACUCCUGAUGCGAGACAAUCCCUUUUCUGACAAUGGAUUCAUUACUCAAAUUUGCUGCUUGAUUAUCGCUCCAGCUUUCAACUCGGCCGCCAUCUACCUCACUCUCAAACAUAUUGCUCUCUGCUUCGGCGACCAGUGGUCAUUCAUCAAGCCACGAUUCUAUACUUAUAUCUUCAUCUUCUUUGAUUUGGUUUCGUUGAUUCUGCAAGGUGCUGGCGGUGGCAUCGCGUCGACCGCCGACGAUGAAGACCAACAACAGAUUGGUGACAACCUGAUGAUGGCUGGUAUUAGUUGGCAAGUGGUAGCUCUCGCCCUGUUUGCCGGUACUGCAGGAACAUAUGUCUGGAGAAGAUGGAAGGCCCUGGGUCAAUACCCGUUGUCAUCUGAGGCAGCUUCAGCGGUUGCGAAUACCAAAUUUCGCCUAUUCGUCUUUGGAGUUGUCACCGCAUGGUUCACCAUCUUUGUCCGAUGUGUUUAUCGUAUCAUCGAGAUGGCUGGUGGUUGGCGCAACAGCAUCAUGCGUGAUGAGGCUUCAUUUAUCGCAUUAGAGGGAGUUAUGGUCUUGAUCGCAGCCACUUGCCAGACAGUUUUCCAUCCUGGUUUCAGCUUCCCUCGACUUGGAGGCUGGCUUCCCAGUUCGAUACCAUCAAAGACUUCUGCAGAUGUCUCAAUGGAAGAACUGAACAGCGGCGUUCAGCGAGCAUAA